AUGGGAAAGAAGGCAUCACGUAAAACUAGAUGGCGGACACUAGACAUUGCAGAUGAACAAAGUGACAGUGAAGAAUCAAACACCACUACAGCUCCCAGGCUGUCUAAAGCCUACCAACAGAAAUCCCAGUACAACAAAGUUCCCUAUUCUAGUCAAUCCACACCAAGGAGGAGGUACCAACAUGACGGUACGAAAUCCACUAGGAGCAGUAGCACUGCUAGCGAAAAUAAAAUCACUUUUAACGAAGAUGAAUACACUCGAAUCACGACUCCUAGGCAAGAUGUUCUAUUUAAGAAGGGUUACCUGAACAAGCCGAGGAGUUACCAGACCCAAACGUCUACGGGUACUUCCACAACGGGAAACUCCACCGGAAACGGAACUCCCGAUCAUCAAUCGACAGAUUUAGAAUACGAAUCGCAGUUUGUCUUCCCGAAUGGUUUUGUUGAUCAAAACGGAAUAUAUUACGUAAACAGUUUCGAACCAUAUCCCUUAAUGUUAUACAAUCCCCCUACGUACUACCCUGAAUUCUCCAAUUGCAAAUCGAAACGAUACAGCACAGGCUCAUUGACGGAAUCGACAAGUCCGAACAAUGAGGAAGCAACUAGUCAGGACUUGAGCGGCGGUGAAGCUUCGAACAACGUCUCGGAUUACAGCAGCCAUCGCAGUGUCCACAAUAUGGUCUAUUCCGAUUACUACGCCAAUGGAAUUUGUCCACCUCAAGAAAUGGUGGAUGAGCACUGCCCCACCGAUCAGAUCAGAAAAAUCAAAAAGCGCAGACGUAGAAAGACAUCGAGGUCUUUAACAGCAGCCCAAGACAGCACUGAGUGCAGCGACGAAGAAACCGACUCCUGUACAGAAGAAGUCAUCCAUCCUGCAGAAAUAACUCCAACAGAAAUCAACAGCAUCACAUCCACCGAAACAACGAAUCCAAGCACCUCAACAGACCCUCCCAUCACAAAAGCAACCAGCACAGAAGAAAACACAGUCAACGGUUGUGCAGAGGAAACAACUGAAAGUCUCGAAGAUUCCAAAGCCGGCUGUGAAACACCCCUAGAACACGUCAGCAGUGCUGUAAUCGCGCCAGACGAACGAGCAGCUCCAGAGGUUCAUUCGCAAAAACCUGAAGAGCCUCUGGAGCACCAUAAGCCUCUGAAGUACGACCUGAAGCCCGAUGCCGAAGAAUUCAUCCCUAGAGCUUACCGCGCCCCUGAGAUACCCGUCCAAUUCAUCAAAGUACCUCCGAACUUCGUGCACAUACCAGUGGUACCGUUCAACGGUCAAAACUUCAACCCAGCAUUUAUUCCCUCAGGAAUACCCAUCCAUUUCCUACCCCCAGAUCCCAAAAUGUACCCCAACUUCAUCGGAUUCGCCCCAAAUGCUCCCGAGAUGGAGGAAAAAGGAGAAUUCAUCAUGGAAACUACCUCUGCUGGCCAAGAGGUCCAGGAGCAUUGUGAUAAUCCAGUCACUGCCAGAGAUGAAGCCCCAACUUGCAAUGGAGUGCCAGAAACACAGCAUUCUACGAAGAAGACGAUCGAUAUAGCUACUGUAGUUUCGAAAUUAGAAGAAGCAGCUAAAGAACGUGAAGAACUCGAAGUACAGAGUCCAAAACGAAAUCAUUUCGUCAAAGAGUACAGAUCCAGUCCGAAGUACAAAAACAACUACAAGAGGAGCUUCUACAACAGUCCUAGGAACUCUCCACAAAGACAGGUGUACCAAAAUGGCACCACACAGGACCAAACUGCCGAGCAAACUGCUCCCGAACAAGUUGACACCAAAAAUAUACCUGAUGGUUCUCUAGGAAAUGAUGUCCUGGCCGAGAACAAAUUCGCUAGAAAUAGUCCGGAGAAGUUCAGGAAAAACUGGAAACCAAAUUAUCAGAGCAGGUGGCAGCAGAAUGGUGCCCAAAAAAGCCCGGAAUUCAAACCAAGGCAAAAUUAUAAAGUCUAUACUGAAACCAAACCGAACUCCAGAAACUACUCAGAUACCUUGAGGAAUACAGUACCUGUGAAUCCCAAACUGGUCGAAAUAAGUACAGGAGACAUCGUACCUGAAACGAAGAAAGUGGAAUCAUUAAGAAUGGAAGAAGCUAAAACUCCAAAGACAUCUCCAAAAACAUCAGUUCCUCCACUGCCAACAUCGAACCAAUGGAUAUCAGUUUCUAGCAAGAAGAAGCGGAAGAACAAAAAUACAGAAGAGGCUGACUCAUCCUUUGCAGAUCAAGAGGAAACCACAGUUGAUGAUGACUUUGAGGUGUACGACAUCAAUCUCCUAGUGGACGUAGUACCAUCUGCAACAGCAACUGAGGAGAUUAUAAAGGUUGAAAUAACUGAAGGGAAGGUUGAGGACAUCAUAAGUACUAUCGCUGAAAGUAUGAUCAGUCCUGUUGAGAUAAACAGUUUGGUACCAAAUAUACGAUCAGUCGCAGAAAUCGAAAGCGAACUGAUAGCAAAAGAACCAGAACAGCUUGAACAAAAAGAAGAGCUGAUACAACCUGAAUCCGAACCUUCUGAAGUAGCAAAGGAGACAACUGAAGAAUUCAUAGCUGUCGCUAAACCCAAAACCAAAAAGAAGUCCAAGAAAGGUUCCCAAAAAACUGUGACAAAGAGGGUGAUUAUAACGGACAUCGACCUUUCUGAUAAAUGCGAGGAGAUCAAAACUCCUGUGAAGAAAAUUGUGAAAAAGAUCGAGCAUCAUGAAGAAACGCCUGAAGUAGCACCAAACCCUGUUGAGCCCAUUGAAGAGGUCACCAAGGACCCAACCCUCCCACAAGACAAUGAUGAAGAUGAGAAAAAGAAAAGCAAAAAGAAAAGGAAGAAACCUUCGAAAUCAGUGACUUCAGAUAACAGUUUGCCCGGGUCGACCGCCACACUCACUACGGGCGAAUCGUACGAUUUUCUGUUGGACGCAAGUCUGGCAGACGAGAAGGACAAAACCAACGACGAGAUAUCCCAAGAGCUGGACAAAAUCAUCCAGAAGGGCAUGUACAGUAACCUGGAGGAGAAAAUGAGAUCGCUGGAUAUCGAUGAAAGCGAAGGUUUCUUCAAAUCCAUCUUCAGCAAGAUAUCGACGAGAGACAGCUAUGACAAAGCGGGCUACUCGAAAACCCCGGAUUUCACCAAAAUAACGCUGUUCAAACCAGCGACGAGUCGCCAGGAGAAGAUGGGAUUUUUCUAG